AUGUCUUCCUAUCAAGAGCAUUGCCGAAUGAUGGAGACCAUAUCUACAUCACUUUCGGUUCAAUUGACAUUAAUAUUUCAAUUUUUGUGUUCUCUAAUUGCAUUACCUGUGGUAGUUAUAGCAAGUCAUUGGCUGUGGAAGUCGAGAAAUGCAAGACUGUUUCAUAUUAAUGUGAUUAUUAUAUUUCAAGUACAUCUUUUUGGAUUUUUCAUUCAUUUUUUUAGUAGAAUAAUUCUCCAUGGCUUGGAUCUAUAUAACUAUUCAGUUUACGACUACUGUAAUAUGCCUGCAAGCACAGUGAGAUGUUUUGUGUUCCGAACUCAAUAUGUACUGGGGAUUCGGUUAGUUAGCGCGACUACAGUUCCAGUUAUCAUUGAAAGAUACAUCGCCACGAUUCGAUCACCAAGUUAUGAGCACUCUGGAUGCACAUUGGGUCUACUCAUGGCCAUAUUGCAACUUACGAUCGGAUUUUUCUCGACCGCUUUUACAUUCUCCAGUUUUUCAUUUGCGGACCCUUUGAUGGAUUAUUGCAUUGCUUUUAAAAUUGGAAUAUUUGGCAGCACGGAUGUUAUUAAUUUGACGGGCGUCGCAAUUCAAAUUUUUGGAAGAAUACUGUUUGAGCUCAUGUUUCGAAAGAAUGAGGAACUCCGAUCAAAACUACUAACUUCAUCACUGUCAAAUCGAUACUCUUUAGAGCAAAACGUGAAAUCUAUGGAAACUUUGAAAGUGUUUGCUAAUUUACAAUCUAUUUUCCUUACUGCACAGAUGACUAUAUUUCUUUUCAUUCUUUAUUUAGGGCUGGCAAUUGAAAAAACUACCUACAUUUCUUUGAUUGAAUUGAAUGCUGGCUAUCCAAUAUAUGCUGUUGUUUCCAUUGUCAUUUUAUUCAGAAGAGAUCGAUUGAACAGGGUGAAGCUUGAAAAGUCUUUGGAAGCUCACAUGUAUGCGGAUCAAAAUAUUUAUUUUGUGAAUUUCAAGAAGGCCUGGCAAUGA